AUGUCUAAGGAUAUAGCGGAUGAACAAGGAUUAUCAGGCCAAUCGUCAAGGUCCUCAUCGCCUCAGGAGCAAUCAAGAAGAAAAAGAUAAUUUUAAAUUCAUUUUUUUAUUGAAUGGAAAUAUAUAAAAUCAGAAGAAUUGAAAAAUAUAUUGGAGGAUGUGAAAUCACAAUAUGAUAUCAAGUCUAUUCAACUGAAUCGAAAUAAUCAAAUUCCUGGGCUGGAGGGAACAGCAUUCUCAAUUAUUGAUUAUGAUGAUAACAAAUUAAAUUCAUAACUUGAAGCCAUCAAUAAAAUACUCUAAUUAAUUGAAUAAAAAAAAAACCCUAAUUUUGAGAUGAUGAUGCUAAUACCUGAAGGAACUGUCUCAUACUUGAUUGGUACAUCAGGAAAGCAAAUUAAAAAUAUUUAAUAAGAAACAAAAACUGAUGUGGUUGUGAAUAAUGCCAUCAAUAAAUUUUCUUUAAGAUCAGUUAAGAUAGUAGGUUAGGCUAAUUGCAUAUUUAAUGCCAUUAAAUUAAUAACAAAUAAAUUACAUUAAAGAGGAAUUACAGAAGAUGAUUACAUAAAGAGAGCAGAACCAUUAGACCCAGGAAAAGUUGUUACUAAGGUUUAACUUGUCUUUUUGAAUAUAAUAGUGGAUUACAUUCUAAAGAAUAAAGAUUUAGAAAAAAAAUAUUAAUUAAAAAUGAAAGCUAAAAGUAGUAAUGAAAUCCCAAUCAAAAAUAAACUAAAAAAAGAUGAAGAAAUUUUAUAGUUAGUUGGAACCUUGAAAAAUGUAUAAGAAGCUAUUAAAUCUAUUGUUCGCAGAAUUAGCUCAUAAUUCAAGAAAUUAGAUUUUGAUAUCAGAGUAGUUAUGCCUGCCAAUUUUGCAUCCAAAUUAAUAGGAGCCAGUAAAUAAUCAUCCUAUAUUAUCUUUUUAAAGAGGGCUGCCAAAUAAAAGAACUUGCAAACAAAGCCAAAGGAGCAUAAAUAAAAGUAAUGUCCUAUAAGGAUGAUUCCGAUAUAGGAUAAUCUAGAUUGUUUGGUUUAAGUAAUUGGAUCAGUGGAGCAUAAGUUGGAAGCAACAGUGUUAAUUUUAGAAUAGAUAGAGUGUUUUAAAAAUGGAGGACCUAUCCUUGAAAGCGGAAAGUACAUUAAUGAAAACUUUGCAUAAUAAUACAAAAAUUCAGUUUCUCUACAGGAUAUGAAACCUAAAAGAAAUCUUCUUCUUCCAGCUCUAUUAGAAGAGCAAGAUCCAGAUCGGAAUCAAACAAAAGAUAUAAAAAAUAAAGAAAAUCUAGAUCAACUAGGUACUUCUAAUCAAUAGAAAAGUUCAAAUUAACAAAAAAUCAAGCAAAAUCCAUUUCAAACGAAGAUAGUAGUCCCAAUCUAUUUAAUUGAAGAAAUUUAGAAAAAAUUAAAUCGUAUAGGAAAAGAAGAAGGAGUGCAUAUAUAAGCUGGCAGUAGGGAAUUCAGAGAUGAGUUGGUUUUGAAAUUGAGAGGAGAAAUGAAAAAUUGCUUAACUGUAAUCUAGUAUAUUUUAAGUGAAUAAUGUAAAUUAUAAAGAAGAUGA